AUGGCUCAAUUGUCACUCCCCAAGCAACUGGCCAACUUUACCAGUUCCACGACUGGCCUGGACUUGGGCCUCCGCCUGCUCCAUGCAUUGACCCUUAUCGGAACCGGGAUUGAGCUCGAUAGCGCUACUAUCAUGAGAUGUUCAGUUGCAGCAGAACAGAUAGGACUAGGGAGGCGGUAUCUUCGCUUCUUCGAUUUCCUCGGUUGUUUCCAAAAUGUUCAAGACAUUUUGGCUACAGGAAAUUCCAUGAGAACGAGGAAGCAAAUUCUAGAUAUGGCCGAAUCCAGCGCUUUGGGAAUGUAUCUGGUUUUGGAGGGAACGACCAUGCUGCAUGACAUGAAUAUCUACUCAGUUUCGUGGUACACGCCAGUUCUACUUGAAGCGUACAAGUUCUGGUUCUAUGCCAUUUGUAUAGCAAUUGCUAGAACUAUGUUGGAUCUUCUCCUUGAACCAGUGACAUCCGUAUAUCACAAUAGCUCUGGGGAUGCCAACGAAAAAAAGGGGGGCAAAUCCGGCAAUCCCUCUCCCUCGGAACCUGUCCCAUCGACUGUAUCUCUCUUGAACCAGCUUGUGAUUGACAGUUUGAACUUGACAAUCCCCGGGUCUUUAUUGGGAUGGAUCCCUGUGAGUGACAUGGGCGUUGCUAUCGCGAUGCUGAUUACCACUAUACUUGUGUGGCCAGCUGUCUGGGGGAAAACGCAGAAGUAG